AUGACAAAGAAGAAUACUUCAACGGCAACAGCCGCGGCAAAUAAUGCAACAGCAGCACCGGCAAGCCGCAACCCACUCAGAUUCGUAUCAGUGAUCCCAAAGUCAUUGUUGCGCUCAUCACAGAAUAUAACGAGGAAGGGAUGGUCAAUGAUCCGUCGCCUGCCAAUUAAGAAGCCACCUCAACUUAUCCGCUGGGACUUGCUGGGCGUCACCGCUUCCUACAUAUGGGGCCUGGUCAACCGUCGUCGUCUGCCUGUUGCCCUUCGCUCGCCACUCUACUCGGCUUGGGCCUACACAUUCAAGUGCAACAUGGACGAGAUCCCCGCACCACUGGACACCUACCCAUCGCUUGCAGAGUUCUUCUCACGACCCAUCAAGGAGGGCACUCGCCCAAUUGCCGAGGGCGGCAUGGUCAGUCCCGUGGACGGCCGUGUGCUCGCCUGUGGCGAGGUCCUCGGUGACAAGGUGGAGCAGGUCAAAGGUGUCACAUACUCGCUACAACAAUUCCUCGGUUGUGAGCCAUCAUCUCUAUUGCAACGUUCAAACACCAAGCUGUACCAAUGUAUCUUAUACCUCAGUCCAGGCGACUACCAUCGUAUCCACUCCUCCGAGGAUUGGACCAUCAACAAAAGAAGCCACUUCCCAGGCACUCUCUUCCCUGUAAAUAAACCAUUCCUUAAGUUAAUUCCCAGUCUGUUCGCAUUGAACGAGAGGAUCGUUCUAAUGGGCGACUGGACACAGGGAUUCUACUCACUGACCGCCGUGGGAGCAUACAAUGUAGGCUCGAUCUCGCUCAGCUUUGACGAGGUCAACUCGAACAGGAUCACACGUGACUUUAGAUGCAAGAAUUUGGAAUACUUCUCGAUGAAGGGUGUCGGCAGCCACUCCUACGACAGAGAGUACGAGCACCCUGUCGAGCAAGUCAAGGGUCAAGAGAUUGGUCAAUUCCAUCUUGGCAGCACCGUCGUUCUCAUCUUUGAGGCUGAGGACUUUGAAUUCAAUGUCCAAGCUGGCGACUAUUGCAAGAUGGGUUCUCUCAUUGGCUCCAUCAAGUCAUAA